GACUUCAUUCACAAUAACUUCCGGUUUUAUCCUUCUUCAUUCUGAGUGUAUUGGUGUGGAAAAGAAUGGGGCAUUACUGAUAAAAUACGGCCAUUCCCGAGGGGUUUCCUCAGAAGAUGGCGACAUCGGAGAGUUUAGCAAUCGUCAUUGCCUCGGACGAUGAGAGUGACAGUGAUGUUGAAAUUCUCCGGGAGGAAAAGAACGAGGAUUUAGAUGUAAUUAUUGUCGCGGAGACAACGGUCAAGCCAGUCCAAAGGCUAGAGAUGGGGACAGGGGGUGUGGCAGGAUCCAAGUCGGUCCACUCCUGUCAGAGCUUGCGUCGCGAGGUUCAGGUGGACCUAUCUCUUGAUGAUUGUGAUGACGAGGACAGUUCAUCAGCCGUGGCCACACCUCUCAAUCUGUCGUCAAAAAAGUGCUCCGGUGAUGACACAGAUCUUGAUUUGGAUUCUAGCAGCCCUACCAUGAUCAUUGCAGAGCAGACUGCUAAUACCUUUACAAACUUCUUUAAAGAGUCGUUUUCCUCAAACGUCAAACUACUGUCCAAGUCAGACAACCUCUGUGUACCCUCUAACUGUGAUAAUUCUGAUUCUAAAACCCUUGAUCCGUACCACAAGAAGAUGGAUCUGUUUGAGAGCUCUUUAAUGCCUGGGCCCAGUCUGUCUGCCACUGAUCUGUCUGUUUUGGGCUCUGUGCCUGUUCCCACGGUCAUUCCCCCUAAUACCAGCGUCGGCGACAUUCCGGUCGACUUCUCCUCAGACAGCGACAACAAACAGUCCUGUAAACGGUCUCUAUCCUCCUCCACGGAUGAUUCGUUCAAUGCCAAGAAGGUUAAAAAAGAGACAGAUUUAUUCGACAGUGAAGCAUGGAAGGCGUUGGACUUGGAUUUCCUGUCAGAAUCGGGCUCUAGUUCCUACACGAACAAUAAUGGUUGUGAUAGCAACCAAAACCUGUCCGCUGGGGCCCAGGGGGGACCUCCUGCUACCCACGUUAUCACGGGUCGCUCUCUAAGUAUAUCCAUAGAGACCUCCACCAAGCACCUGCCUCCAAAGAAGCAGAGUUGCUUCCGACAAGCCAGUGACCCUGGGUUCAGUGCCGCCAGUCACCCUACCUCUCCCCAGCCUUCCUGUAGUAGCUGGGGGUCAGAGAAAUGCACCAGCUGUAACAUCUCACUGCUGGGGUUCCGGAUAUCCAGGUGUAUCCAGGGACAUCCCACCUGUGCUUUCUGUCUGGAGGAACAAGUCAAACUUGUUCUGACCGGCAAAACCAAGAAAUCAUUGUUUUGUGUUCAGGGAGGUUGUGACAGUUAUUAUCCAAUGAGUGAACUAAAGCAGUCGUUACCCAGCAUGGUUGUAGAGAUCCUUGAGACUAAACUAGACGAUGACUACAUCGAGUACAUCGCCAAUAUGAUCGCCAAGAAGACCUCCGAUGACACGGCACUGGAGGACCAGGAACCAGACAACAGGACCAGCAACUGGGAGGAGAAGUCCGAGGACAGUCGUAAAAACCCAACCGACUGGCCGAUACAUUGGGAUUAUAUGGAUCCAAGACAGGGCUAUGUGAUGGUGGACUUGGUUCCAGACUCUCCAGAAUACAUAGAAGUGUGUUCCAAGUUCUACGAGACUCUUCAUUUCCCUCAGGCAGAUAUUGUAAAGAUUAGUCGCAUUCAGAACCCCAUACAGUGGAAGUACUUCACUGUUAAAAGGACUGAGAUGAUACAUGAAAAUGAUGGCCUAGCGGUAGUGGAGAAAUACCUGUUCCACGGGACGCACGCCUCGGUGCUGGAAGCCAUCUGUAGGAAGGGCUUUGACUGGCGAGUCUGCGGCAAAAAUGGCACCGUCUAUGGUCAUGGUUCCUACUUUGCUGCCCAUUCCUCCUACUCUCACCAGUACACAGACAAGGCAGACCGUCGCCGCAGUUUUCAGAUGAUGCAUGGCACGCUGCUCCAGAUGGGCAUGGUCCCCUUCCAGAACUCCACCCACUUCUCCUUUGUGUCCCUGCCCAAUCAGAUUGUCGUCCCGUCCAGCAUAUUUAGCAGGCGAAGGCUUUACGGAACUGCGGGUGACGGCAGUAAUGGGGCACCUGCUGCUUCUUCAAGCUCUGCUGCUGGAGGGUCAGGGUUUUCAAAGUUUACGCACAAUGCCGCACUGCCUACUGACCCAAAUCUGACAAACCUGUCUAAGUGUAACACUAGAAGACUGGCGACUGCCCUUGCUAUGCACAGUGGCCAUUCGUCAAGUCUGAAUGAUAAACUGUUUCCUGGUCAGGUUUUGUCCACAGGAACUGCCCAGGAUGCUUCAUCUAAUUCCAAUUCCUCAAGCAAUAAUAUACAGAAUGGAGGACCAAAUCAGUUCAGUGGUCCAAGCAUUCAGCCUUUUCAGAAUGCCUCAAGUUCCAGCAGCUCUCCGAACAUUCUGACCAAUCAGAAUUUGUUUCAAAAUGGAAGUCAGAGUGCAUUUGCCAGCCGGAAGUAUUCCAGUGGGUUCAUGCAGCCCCAGUCUCUGCAAACCAUAGCGGGUGUCUCCUCAGAUGUCCAGAACCAGCCAAACUCAAUGCAAAAUUCAACAACAAAUCCUGGACCUUCUCAGCAGAUGAACCCUGGGCCAUCUCAACAAAUGAACCCUGGACCUUCUCAGCAAAUGAACCCUGGGCCUUCACAGCAGCUGAACCCUGGGCCAUCACAAGCAAUAAACCCUGGGCCAUCACAAGCAAUGAACCCUGGGCCUUCUCAACAAAUGAACCCUGGGCCUUCUCAACAAAUAAACCCUGGGCAUUCACAACAGAUGAACCCUGGGCCUUUACAACAAAUGAACCCUGGGCCUUCUCAGCAAAUGAACCCUGGGCCUUCACAACAGAUGAACCCUGGGCCAUCACAAGCAAUGAACCUUGGACCUUCUCAACAAAUGAAUCCUGGGACUUCUCAGCAAAUGAACCCUGGGCCUUCACAAGCAAUGAACCCUGGGUCUUCUCAGCAAAUGAACCCUGGGCCAUCACAACAAAUGAACCCUGGGCCUUCACAACAGAUGAACCCUGGGCCAUCACAAGCAAUGAACCCUGGGCCUUCCCAACAAAUUAACCCUGGGCCUUCUCAGCAAAUGAACCCUGGGCCUUCUCAACAAGAUUCUUCAACAUCCAUAGAUCCUUUAGGGAGCUCUGUUUAUACAAGGAAGCUUCAUGCUCUGCACUCAAUUCAACACUUUCCGCCAAAGCCUUUUCAUCAUCGUCCAGCAGAAUCAGGGGAGAAAACACUCCACAAAAUGUUUAUGGCAAAAGUACUUGUAGGGAGGUUCACUGGAGGAAGUAGCACCUACAGGAAGCCCCCGCCCCUCGACCCCGUCAACGACCCAUACGGGAAGUGUUAUGACUCGUGCGUGGAUAAUAUCCACAAUCCAAAGGUGUUUGUUAUAUUUGACAGCAGUCAAGCUUACCCAGACUACCUCAUUGAAUACAACUACUCCAGCUGAAGGAGCCAAACUUAAAAUCUCACAUUGAGUUUUAAUUAGAGGAAAGCUGACUCGUGCUGUGAUGGAAGGAAAUCUGGCAGAGGAGUGAUGAAAUGUGAUUAGAAGUUGAUCUGUUACAGUGUUAUAUGUGAUUGUCCAGUCUCAGUAUUUUUACAGCCAAUGUAAUGCUAAAAUACUACUUCACUUGCUGUACCAGCAGUUAACUAACAAUACAUAAGACUUGUGUGUUUGAACCAUUUGUUACCCAAGUAUUUGAUCUGUAUCUGUAAGGUUGUUAUUACAGGAGGAUUGUCUCCCCUUGAUGAGGGUGUUACUAUCUGGUCUGAGAUGUUGAGAAUAAACGUAGCUUGAUCGUUUGUGUACAUUAGCGGUAUGCUUCUAAUAAACUACCACAAAAUGUAGCAUGUGUUGCAGGUUUACAUACAGUAUUGUAUAUUGUACUGUAUAUCUUGAAUGUAUCCUGAUUAUUGUACAUUGUAGUACGAUUCAGUUCUCUGUACUUACUGUUAAAACACUUAUCAUUGGCCAAGUGCUGUUUGUUGUUGCCAAUACAGGGACAGAGUUAUAUGGUGAGCUGUGCUUGUAGCCCGAGAUAUAGCUGUGUGUAGUGCUAGAUCAUUUUUUGUUGACAAUCCUGUUACUCUGAUACAUGUACUUCACUCUUGUAUUCAAUAUGUAUGGAUGGUGAAUAUAUAUAUACCUGUAUUUAUAUACGAAGGAUCGGGUUCUCUGUAUACUUGUAACUACCCACACAUUAUAUCAAUCUCAAACUCACUAUGGAUUUAUCAAUGUUUAUGGCCAUCAAUUUUUGUGUAUUUUGUCAAAAGCACGAAUUAUUAGACAUAAAAAAAGGUGUCAUGUUUUUGCUUAACCGUGAAAUACAUCAAAAUUGGUAAUCAACAAGUAUCAACAUAGCCAUAAAAUGCGUGAAACAAUAACGUGGAUGAUAAACUAAUGGUAGAAUAUUCAUUCUGUUCUUAUUGAGAGUAAACUGUUGGAACCUUUGGUAGAGAUGUAUGUAUGUGAAGAUAAGGCAUGAGGCUUAAGUGAAUGUGUGAGUGUGUCACAGGCAUAAUUCUGUCCAUGUAUAGAUGAUGUAUAAACUCAAGUAUAGCUAGGUAGUGUAUAUAAUGGAGAUACUGGGAAAUCAGCACUGUUCAUGGUUGCUCAAUGUUCGCGAAAAUUGUGGAUGCCACUUAUCAGUGAAUUCACAUCCACACUUACUUUGUACAAGUUUUGAUUUACUUGGAAGUUUGUUUUCUAGGACAUUCAGGUGCAAAAUUAUGUCCACAACCAGUCUAUUCACAAACAUUGACCCUCAUGAAAUAAGAUGAUUCCUCAGUAUACUGCAGAUGUAGAGAAUUGAGUGUAUUCUCUGUGGAAGUGUGUGACAUUCCCAAGCACCCGUUGAGGGGCACCUGUUAUAAUAGAGUAAUAUAAACCUGUUACAAUUGUCACUGUUUUUGGUUUGUCUGAUAUUGUAUCUAUGAACUGUUAUAUAGUAUUUUCGAUUCCAUACAUCCUGUAAUUAAGUCUUUCCAUUGCUCUGUUUUUCUUGGGGGUUAUAAUAAUCAAAGUACUGUGAUGUAACAAUGGCAACAUCCAACUACCAGCACUGUCAUCUAAAGUAUGACCUCAUUUCAAGUCAAUUUUUUUCUUUUUAUUUAGAUGAGACACCUACCAAGUUCUUUUUUUGAUCCACACAGUUUCUGGGUUGAUUUGCAAAUUCAUUCUGCAUUUGGACUUAUCAUAGGGUCCACAGAUGCAUAACAAAACUUGUUUAAUAUUAUUUAAAAUAAUGUAAAUGACAGUACUGGUAUAAAAUACUAUAUAAAGUGGAGGCUUUUUGGUGUAAUAAUACAAAUAAGGCAUUCACCCCAGACCAGUAGGGGAUCUGUUAUGUAGAAAUGAUAGACCUUUAGCCAAUAUUUGUUAGCAACUUGAUUUAAAUCUGUUCGUUUGUUCGUUUUUUUAAAGGUGCUCAUAUGUUGCAAUAAUUUAGACUCUUAUCAAUCAUGAUAUGAAUAUUUCCUUGGAUGUAACUAAAUUUAGAAUUAAAUAAUACUUUGAAAUGUGAAUAAAGUGGAAUGUCAAAAAUUAUGAAGCCCCAAUAACUAAUUGUUUGAUUUGAAAAUUACAUUAUGUCAGUAGAUAAACUUAUAUUUACUUUGAUUGACUUUAAGGUUAAAGGGCCAUCAUGUUUUAAGUUUAAAGGGCCAUAAUGUCUGUAACAAAGAAUCAAUGUGGUCUGGGUUUUCAAGGUGAUGUAAUUGAUUUUUUUUCCAAGUUUGAUGAGUUCAUUGUAGAUAUAUAUGUAUGUGUGUUUGUUCUUGGAGUGAACAAGUUAUAUGAUGUAUCAUUGACUGUAUGACUUCUUAAAGAUUUUAAUACCCCCUCAAAUGUUGUUCAGUUAGUACUUGAGUAAGUUUAUAACUUUUAAUAUGUUUGUAUAUGUUUGUGUAUAUGUGUAUAUUGAGAAGAUCUGGUGUAGUUAACUAUUUAAAAUCUUUUAAAUAUAAACUUAACCCCCCACCCACUAUUUUAGACCAUAUCAUGAAAGAUGGAAACUGUUCGCAAAUUCUAAAUUCACAAUCAAUUGUAUUUUUUUUUUUAAAAUGUGAGAUAUUUCAAAAAUUGUAUAACUUACAAGGUUGUACACAACUAUAAAAGCCUGUGAUGGCUGGUCCUCCAUUUGACCAAUUUACUGAUAAGAACCAGUUUAGACUGUUGCGUAAAUGAUAAAUGCAUGUCCAGUAUUUACAUCUCCUAUUAAAUGACUUAGCUUAACUGUUACACGUGUAAAUGUGAUGGUUGCAAUCUGUGAAGUUAAAGCUAGAGAUGUGGGAGCCAUUAAAACAGCCCAUUAUGGUUUACUACGUUGAUCAUUGCCAACAUUGUCUGAAACAUUGUGAUAGGGUGUAGCAAGGAAUGUCUGUUUUAGUUUGAGUAUUGGCUUUAAUAAAUAAAUAAAAAAGAUAAGAAACUCAA